AUGUGCACCACCAGCCCGCUCUGCCGCGUCUUCCCCGCCGUGGCCGAGUUCUGCUCCCUGCGCUUCGACGAGGUCGACACCACGGAGCAGAUGGGGCUGACCUGCCGCAUGCUGGCCACCCUGAAGUCCUUUGCGCACGACGUGACGUACUGGGAGGAGGGCGUCAAGAUCGACGAGCCCGCGUUCACCCUGCUGGGCCUCGACGAGGUCGCGCAGUUCGCGCUGCUGCGCACCGCCGAGCGGGCCGCGGCGCUGGUCGACGAGCGCUGCUGGCGCGAGGCGUACCAGGCGCUGUGCGCCGCGCGCCCCUGGGUGUCCUCGGAGCCCGACUCGGGCCCCGCCCAGGAGCAGCGCGCGGGGGCGGAGGCGGAGCUGGCCCGCGUCGAGGCGCGGGCCCGCCGGGAGAGCGGCGAGCCCCGGGGCCCGCCGCGCACGGGGCCCUGCGGCGGCAGCGCCGCCGGCGGGCCCCCGGCGGCCGGCAGCGUCGCCGUCGUGGUGCGCCUGCCGGCGGGCGGCGCCGGCCGCGUGCUGGGGCCCCACGCGGCGACGGUUACGGCGCUGCAGGCGGAGACCGGCGCCCGCGUGUGGCUGGACAGGGCCAGCGACGAGGCCCACGUCUCGGGCACCCCGGAGGCCGUGGAGGCCGUGCGCCGCGGCAUCCGGUUCCUGCUGACGCCGGUGAGGGGCGAGGAUCGAGGCCGACACGUCGCCCAAGCGCGCGCCGCUGCCCUCGAAGAAGGAGUGCGCCCCGAUCAUGUGCCGGUUCUUCCAGAACGGCACCUGCAACAGGGGCAGCGCGUGCCAUUUCCUGCACGCGCCCGCCCAGCCGAGCAGCGACGACGAGGAGACGCGCGCCAGCACCGACGACGAGCCGCUCGGCGGCACCAGCGCGAAGAGCAGCAGGGCCGCGGGCAGGGCCGCUCCGCCGGCCCGCCCUCGCACGGGCUCGGGCGGCGCCAGGCCAGCGAGGGGCGCCGCCGGUUCGGCAAGCCUGAGCGGGAUCUGGCAGGAGAGUGCCCGGACGUCGCCUACCGCGUGCAGUCGCACAGCGAGCUCUCCUGGACGUGCGUGCCGUGCGGCGGCGGCGGGGCCUCGAGGAGAAGAAGGAGCCCAUCGGCUACGACGAGGCCGCCGGGGUGUACUGGCUGGGCGCCGCGAGGGCCCACGUCGCGGUGCGCGCGGGCCCCGACCGCCUGGACUGGUACCCGGCGGGGGACCAGGAGCCGCUCGCGCCCGGCGUUCUCGUGGCUCCGGCAGCAGCGGAGGCACUUGGCUCCGGCCUGAGGCCCUGGGCGACACCUUUCCCGCCUGGAAUCCCGACCUCUUUUUCGCAUCGCUCUCUUCUCCUGCUUUGGAGGUUCUGUCCUGCACGCUGUGGAUCUGUGCUGUGCCAGUGGCGUGCUUUUGAGAGGCGGAGGAGGAGGAGGAGGAGGCUGGGCACGCCAGCCGCGCCCCUCUGGCGCAGAGAGAGUGGCCCCCCGCGCGGCCUCGGGUUCUGUGCUGGCGUUGGCCGCGCGUCCCGAGGCCGCGACGGGCAGGCCUCGAUCCAGUCUGGAGGGCGUGCCGUUUUCGACGCCUCUCGUGGUUCCCACCGGCCCACCCAGGGCUCGCUGCCUGGGCGGGUCGCCGUGGUCCAGGAUGUGCAGGGUCGCUCAGGAGGGUGAAAAGACACA